ACCAAAAUCCUACCAAAUCAUUAACCCAAACCAGUCACACAUUGAAGUUGCAUUUUCUUUAGUGUUUCAAUUCUUGGGUUGUUUUUCUUUUCUGGGGUUUUGAGCUUUUUGGAGUUUUUUUUUUUUUUUUCCCUUUUUUUUUGGUCAUUACUAUUCAAUAUGGUUGGGACUGGAGUGUUUGCAGAGAUAUUGGAUGGGGAUGUGUACAAGUACUAUGGUGAUGGAGAGUGGAAGAAGUGUGCUUCUGGUAAAAGUGUUGCCAUAAUCAACCCCACUACCAGAAAGACUCAGUACAAAGUUCAAGCAUGUUCCCAAGAGGAGGUGAACAAAGUGAUGGAAAUAGCAAAAGCAGCACAGAAAUCAUGGGCAAAGACUCCUCUUUGGAAGAGAGCAGAGCUGCUUCACAAGGCUGCUGCUAUUCUUAAGGAACACAAGUUUCCAAUUGCGGAGUGUCUUGUCAAAGAGAUUGCUAAACCAGCCAAAGAUUCUGUCACUGAGGUCGUGAGGUCUGGAGAUCUGGUGUCUUACUGUGCCGAAGAAGGGGUUAGGAUUUUGGGAGAAGGGAAGUUCUUGGUUUCCGAUAGUUUUCCCGGAAAUGAGAGGACAAAGUACUGCCUCACUUCAAAGAUUCCUCUCGGGGUGGUUUUGGCGAUUCCACCAUUUAACUAUCCUGUCAACCUUGCUGUCUCAAAAAUUGCUCCUGCUCUUAUAGCCGGAAAUUCCCUUGUGCUUAAACCCCCAACUCAGGGAGCUGUUUCUUGUCUCCACAUGGUGCACUGUUUUCACCUAGCUGGCUUUCCGAAAGGCCUUAUCAAUUGUGUCACUGGGAAGGGAUCCGAGAUUGGUGACUUCCUUACCAUGCAUCCUGGGGUAAACUGCAUAAGCUUCACUGGUGGAGACACUGGCAUUGCGAUUUCAAAGAAGGCCGGCAUGAUCCCUCUCCAGAUGGAGUUGGGAGGAAAAGAUGCAUGCAUUGUGCUCGAGGAUGCCGACUUGGAUUUGGUUGCGUCGAACAUUAUUAAAGGCGGCUUUUCUUACAGUGGACAGAGGUGUACUGCUGUUAAGGUUGUAUUAGUAAUGGAAUCUGUCGCUGAUGCCCUUGUCGAGAAAGUGAAGGCAAAGGUGGCAAAACUGACAGUUGGACCACCAGAGGAAGACAGUGAUAUCACUCCAGUUGUUUCCGAGUCGUCUGCGAAUUUCAUCGAGGGAUUGGUUAAGGAUGCAAAAGAGAAAGGUGCAACAUUUUGCCAGCCAUACAAGAGAGAGGGAAAUCUCAUCUGGCCUUUGUUGUUAGAUCAUGUCAGGCCCGACAUGAGAAUUGCAUGGGAGGAGCCAUUUGGACCCGUUUUACCAGUCAUUAGGAUUAACUCUGUUGAAGAAGGAAUCCACCAUUGCAAUGCCAGCAAUUUUGGACUCCAGGGUUGUGUCUUCACAAGGGACAUCAACAAGGCAAUGUUGAUCAGUGAUGCAAUGGAGACAGGGACGGUUCAGAUUAACUCCGCACCAGCUCGUGGACCGGAUCAUUUCCCAUUCCAGGGUAUUAAAGACAGCGGAAUUGGGUCACAAGGAAUCACCAACAGCAUCAACAUGAUGACCAAGAUCAAGAGCACUGUUAUAAACUUGCCAACUCCUACUUACACUACGGGCUAGUUGUGUUAAUCACCCUUUACGGAAUGGGAUAGUGGCUAAUACUUAUGUAGUGUAUGUGCACGUGAAUUUAGUCAGAAAAGACUUAAAUUACUGUAUUUCUCUUUAUUAAUUUUGUCUUAGGCAAAAGUGAAUAAGGAGGAUAGGACUCUUUCAUCAACCAGCUACAUCAUCUGCUAUACAUGCCAGUAUGAUGCAUAUGCUGCUACAGAAAGAAUGAAUUUGGCUUCUCUUUUGCUCGUGUGACAUGUUAGCCAGAAAACUUUUAAGACGAAUAAUAGCAUUGCUAGGUUCUAUGGUCCAA